CAAUAUGGAUAAACUGAACAAACCUCCAUUGCUAUCUUCUUCCUCUUCUUCUUCAUUUAUCAAGCUUUGAACCAGAAUGGUAGCCGGCGUUGACGGUCGAGUAUCAUUCUCGACGGCGGCACACUUGCACGGCGCAAUGGCAUUGCAGAAAAUCAGGAGCUCCAUCUUGCAGGUGAGGUUCUGUAAUGGAGAACUCAUGGGGAAGAAGCUUACCUUGCAACAGAGGAAGCAUGCCGUUAACUACAUUCCAAAUGCCAGAAGGAAAGUUCGUGUGUCAUCUCUUCUUGCCAAUAUAGCAGAAUCUGAAUCCAAGUUGAAGGAACUGAACAUGGAAAAACCUGACCCGAGGACGGUGGUAGCGAUUGUACUCGGAGGUGGAGCGGGAACUCGUUUGUUCCCGCUCACGAAACAGAGAGCAAAGCCAGCGGUUCCAAUCGGUGGAGCUUAUAGGUUGAUCGAUGUGCCGAUGAGCAAUUGCAUAAACAGCGGAAUCAACAAGGUUUACAUUCUCACGCAAUUCAACUCUACAUCGCUCAAUCGGCAUCUCGCUCGUGCCUAUAACUUCGGUGGCGGAGUCACCUUGGGCGAUGGUUAUGUAGAGGUUCUAGCAGCGACUCAAACUCCAGGAAAGGCUGGAAAGCAGUGGUUCCAAGGGACUGCCGAUGCAGUACGACAGUUCCAUUGGCUCUUUGAGGAUGCGAGAAGCAAGGAAAUUGAAGAUGUGUUGAUCCUUUCUGGGGAUCACUUGUACCGAAUGGACUACAUGGACUUCGUUCAAAAUCAUCGGCAGAGUGGUGCAGACAUCACUCUUUCUUGUAUCCCAAUAGAUGACAGACGAGCAUCAGAUUUUGGGCUUAUGAAGAUCGACAAUAGCGGAAGGGUUCUUUCAUUCAGUGAAAAACCUAGAGGGAAAGAUCUGAAGGCGAUGGAAGUGGAUACAACAGUUUUAGGACUUUCAAAGGAUGAGGCACUGAGAAAGCCAUACAUUGCUUCCAUGGGAGUUUAUGUAUUCAAAAAGGAGAUACUUCUAAACAUUUUAAGAUGGCGCUUCCCAACUGCCAAUGACUUUGGAUCAGAGAUAAUCCCUGCCUCAGCAAGAGAAUUCUUCAUGAAGGCAUAUCUAUUUAAUGAUUACUGGGAAGACAUUGGGACUAUUAGAUCCUUCUUUGAGGCUAACCUUGCGCUGACCGAGCAGCCACCAAGAUUUAGUUUCUAUGACGAAACAAAGCCAAUCUACACUUCGAGAAGAAACCUUCCUCCAACGAAGAUCGAGAGUUGCAAGAUUGUCGAUUCAAUCAUAUCUCAUGGAUGUUUCUUGACUAACAGUUUCAUAGAUCACAGCGUCGUUGGUAUCCGAUCUCGCAUAAACUCUAACGUACACCUCAAGGAUACAGUAAUGCUUGGAGCAGACUUCUAUGAAACCGAUGGUGAAGUUACUGCACUUGUAGCAGAGGGAAGAGUGCCAGUUGGAAUUGGAGAAAAUACAAAAAUCAAGGACUGCAUCAUUGACAAAAAUGCCAGAAUAGGGAAGAACGUUGUUAUUGCUAAUUCAGAGGGCGUACAAGAGGCAGAUAGGUCGUCAGAAGGCUUUUACAUCCGCUCUGGUAUUACCAUUAUACUAAAGAACUCAGUAAUUAAAGAUGGGUUUGUUAUAUAGAGAGAAAUUUCUUUCCUUUUUGGGCUGAAAACUUUUCAGAAAUACCAUGUUGGUGGAGGAGAGAGCACAUUUUCCAUUUGUAAAUCUAAUAUUAAUCUGAGUUUCGGAAUUU